GUGGGGCGGGUGGCGGCGGUGGCAGCUCGAGGUCUGGCUGCGCGCAGUAUAUGACAGUACGUCAGCAGCGGGAUGGCCGUAGCUGUGGCGGCGGCUGCAGAAGCCCGAGCAGCCGCGGCCGCAGUGGAGGCUAGAGCCCGAGCGGCGUCGGCGGCGGCACCCCGGGGAGUUUAAGAUGGCGGCAGGGGGGGCGGCGGGCCUGCGGGAGGAGCAGCGCUAUGGGCUGUCGUGCGGGAGGCUGGGACAGGACAACACCACCGUACUGCAUGUGAAGCUCACCGAGACGGCGAUCCGCGCGCUCGAGACCUACCAGAGCCACGAGAAUUUAAUUCCUUUUCGACCUUCAAUUCAGUUCCAAGGGCUCCAAGGGCUUGUCAAAAUCCCUAAAAAUGAUCCCCCCAACGAAGUGCAUACCUUUAACUUCUAUUUGUCAAAUGUGGGUAAAGACAACCCUCAAGGCAGCUUUGACUGCAUCCAGCAAACCUUCUCCAGCUCUGGAGCGUCCCAGCUCAAUUGCCUGGGAUUUAUACAAGAUAAAAUUACAGUAUGUGCAACAAAUGACUCGUAUCAGAUGACACGAGAAAGAAUGACCCAGGCAGAGGAGGAAUCCCGCAACCGAAGCACAAAAGUUAUCAAACCUGGUGGACCAUAUGUAGGGAAAAGAGUGCAAAUUCGGAAAGCACCUCAAGCUGUUUCAGAUGCAGUACCUGAGAGGAAAAGAUCAACCCCCAUGAACCCUGCAAAUACCAUUCGAAAGACAAAUAGCAGCAGCAGUGUUUCUCAGCGGCCAUAUCGGGACAGGGUGGUUCACUUACUGGCACUUAAGGCCUACAAGAAACCUGAGCUGCUAGCUCGACUGCAGAAAGACGGUGUCAAUCAGAAAGACAAGAACUCCCUUGGAGCAAUUCUACAACAGGUAGCCAAUCUGAAUCCUAAGGACCUCUCAUACACCUUAAAGGAUUAUGUUUUUAAAGAGCUCCAAAGAGAUUGGCCUGGAUAUAAUGAAAUAGACAGACGGUCAUUAGAGUCAGUGCUCUCGAGAAAACUAAAUCCAUCUCAGAAUGCUGCCAGCACCAGCCGUUCAGAAUCUCCUGUAUGUUCUAGUAGAGACGCUGCAUCUUCUCCUCAGAAACGGCUUUUAGAUUCAGAUUUCAUUGAUCCUUUAAUGAAUAAAAAAGCUCGAAUAUCUCACCUGACAAAUAGAGUGCCGCCAACAUUAAAUGGUCAUUUGAAUCCCACCAGUGAAAAAUCUGCUGCAGGCCCCCCGCUGCCCCCUGCAGCUGCUGCCAUCCCCACGCCUCCACCGCUGCCUUCAACCCACCUGCCUGUCUCCAAUCCUCCUCAGACUGUAAAUUCUCACUCCAAUUCCCCUAGCACUCCAGAAGGCCGGGGGACUCAAGACCUACCUGUUGACAGUUUUAGUCAAAACGGUAGUAUCUAUGAGGACCAGCAAGACAAAUAUACCUCUAGGACUUCUCUGGAAACCUUACCACCUGGUUCAGUUCUACUAAAAUGUCCAAAGCCUAUGGAAGAAAACCAUUCGUCUCACAAAAAGUCCAAGAAGAAGUCUAAAAGACACAAGGAAAAGGACCAAAUAAAAAAGCACGACAUUGAGAUGAUUGAGGAAAAGGAAGAGGACCUUAAAAGAGAAGAGGAAAUUGCCAAGCUGAACAACUCCAGUCCGGAUUCCAAUGAAGGAGUUAAAGAGGAUUGCACUGCCUCCACAGAAGCUUCUUCAACAAUUGAACUCCCAGAUUAUUUGAUAAAAUAUAUUGCUAUUGUCUCCUAUGAGCAACGCCAGAAUUACAAGGAUGACUUCAAUGCUGAGUAUGAUGAGUAUAGGGCCUUGCAUGCCAGGAUGGAGACUGUGGCUAGAAGAUUUACCAAACUGGAUGCACAACGAAAGCGCCUUUCUCCAGGCUCAAAAGAGUAUCAGAAUGUUCAUGAAGAAGUCUUACAAGAAUAUCAGAAGAUAAAACAGUCUAGUCCCAAUUACCAUGAAGAAAAAUACAGAUGCGAGUAUCUUCAUAACAAGCUGGCUCACAUCAAAAGACUAAUAGGUGAAUUUGACCAACAGCAAGCAGAGUCAUGGCACUAGAGCUCUGCUUGGACCAGAAGAUGUGAAUAAACUUAAGCUUAUUUAUUUACAAUUCCAAAUGAGUUGCUCUCAAAUUCUAAAAAUUGAAACUUUGCCUGUUGGAAGUUUCAGUAUUAGUAAACUUGAGUUACCUUCCCCCCAACCCCAUUUUACUUUGUUUCCUUGCAUUUUUGAAGCUGCUUUUUUCUGGUCCUUUUUUCCUACUUAAGACUUGUGUUUGUCAAUAGAAAUAAUUUUUUUUGUAGAUAUUGGGGAUCCAGUGUCUGUACUUCAAAUCAAUUUUUUUCCUUAAAAAACUGUGUUUGUCAUUAGAAAUGAUUUUUUUUAGAUAUUGGGGAUCUAGUGUCCACACUUCAAAGUUAUGUGUGUUUAAAAAAAAAGUAAUGUACAAGGUGAAAUGCUUUUGGAUAAACAUAAGCCUAUUUUCUGACCUUUCUUAAUACGAACUCUUUGCCUUAAAUGGUAGAACAUUUAGAAAUUUGCACAAAAUACAAAAAAACUUAAAACAUUGUUUUGGAGGGUUAAUAGAAAGGUGUGUGAGUAUGUGUAUAGAUCUAUAUACACAUGUGUAUAUAUAAUCUGACUUGAUCUAGAACAGUAAAUCUGCCCUGCAAAUUAACCCCCCAUUGCAAUGGUUGCCUUAAGGUGUUUGCUAGUUGUGUACCUAGUGUGGUUAAUCAUUAGCUACAGUGCUUCCCACUUGAUUAGAGCAAUGGGAAGCACACUGUGGCCUACCAGCGUCUGAAAGCGUGUGCUCGACCUGUAUGUGUGCAGAGGUGGUGUGGAUGUGAGCGUGCAUGAAGGAAAAAAGCUGCUACUCUUAGUAGGCCAAACGCUCAGGUGAAACAACUGAUGAGUGUUACUGUAGGUUUUUUUUUUUUCCUAUCAAAUUGCUACUUCUAUCGUGGAAGACAAAAGCAUUUCCAUUUCAACAGUUUGUCAACUUUAUUAAUAUUGGGCAAAAUUGAUAUGUUAUGAGAAUGAAACAGAUCUAUAGUUUGGGGCAAAAUUAUAAAAUUAAAUGUGUAGGUAACCUAUUUAUAUACUGCUAUAAAGUAUUUUUUGAAGAGAGAUAUGCAAAGAAGCUAUUACCUACAUGAAAUGUAUAUUUAAAGAUUUUUUUUUCAUCCUGGGUGCCAGGAAUAUAAAAAAGAGUGGAUAUAUUUAACCAUAACAUACUGUGAUUCAUCAAA